AUGCAGUUCAAGUCCAUCCUCCUCCUAGCCGCAUCCGCCACCCUCGCCGUGGCCAAGUACGACGUCGGCAACUGCGGAAGUAGCAACCAGGACGGUGUGAACCUCGGGGUGGGCGACUCAGAGACCCAGACGGCCUGUGAGAAAGCCGGCGGCGAGUACUGCAGCGCGGUGUACAACCGCUGCGUCAUCGAGACGACCAAGUGGGACGCCUUCGAGAAGGAGUGCGAGGACCAGAAGGCCUACAAGGACAAGAGUGACAUUGAGGAUAAGGAUCAGGCGAAGCGCGACGGAUUGUGUGUAUCUGGUGUGUCGGAGUGGUGA